AUGAGGAAACCCCUUUCCUGUGCUGUCUAUUCUUAAAGGGAAGUGAAGACUUGCUUGUGCAGCACUUUGUUUCUCUUUUCAUGCAGACGCCGCUGUCAGCACACACACUCAGAACAUGAACCUCUCCUACAAGCCGUCUUCUUCAGAGGAAAUGGCUCCUGAGGAGUUUGACGGUGGGACAGCAGUGGCUUGUGUGAUCCUUGGCCUGUCGUUUUUGGUAGGAGCUCCGGGGAACCUGCUGGUGAUCUGGACUAUUCUGAGACAUGUAAAGAAGCGUUCCCACACAGUUGUACUCAUCCUGCAUUUAGCUGCUGCUGACUUGCUGGUCCUCAUCACCCUGCCUCUGUGGAUCUACUCUCUGGCCCACUCCUGGGUGUUUGGAGAACCCUUGUGUAAAGCUAUGGUGUUCAUGAUCAAUGCAUGUAUGUAUAGCAGUGUUUUUCUCAUCACCCUCAUGAGUGUGGAACGCUUUUUGGCUGUGCGUUAUCCUUUCGCCUCAGCUGGCUGGAAGAGGAAAAAAGCUUUGAAUAAGGUCCUGCUAGCUCUGUGGACAGCAGCGUUCUUGUUCAGCAUACCUGUCAUCCCCACUCAGGGGAUAGGAGAGGAUUCCGGUGAGGAGCACUGUCUGUAUCGGUUUUACAGCUCUCAGGCCCAGGAGCUGGUGUGUGUGCUGCUGGAGACACUGGUAGGCUACAUUUUACCCUUCGCCAUCCUGGUGGUCUGCUAUGGCUGCCUGUUCAGCAGGAUCACCCAGAUGACCUUCAAGUCCAAGCGUAAGUCCACUGUCCUGAUUGCCAGCGUGGUGGUGGUGUUUGCCGUCUGUUGGACACCUCAUCACAUAGGAAACAUCCUCUCACUCGUCAUCCUGGCCAUGGGGGACUCUGAUGCAGCAAUUAAUCUGGAGGGUGCCAGGAACACCAUGGCCUUCAUUGCAGGAGCCAUGGUCUUCAUCAGCAGCACCACAAACCCCAUCCUCUACAUGUUUGCAGCCCGCUCCUUCAGGACUUCCCUACGUGACACGGGCAUCCAGAAGCUCUUCCGCCACAUCUCCAGCACAUCCCCAGGUGAGGGCAACAGAGAGUUGUCCUUUGUGUCCAGGAGGCACAGCAACCAGACCCAAAGCUCGCAGUGUAUGCCUACUUCAAAGGACCAAAUGGACAUUUUAGUAAAAAUGUGUGAAAAUAAUCCAUCCUGAUAUUGAACGUAUAUGCUGUGUGUGUAUCUGUGUAGAUAUUCAUAUUUGUGUAAGAACUUAAAUGGAGGAAAUGUUGCCUGUUAUGAAGCUUGUUUUCUAUGACAUUAUAACACAGAUGAAAAGGAAGUUGGAAUCUGCCUGUUACUUGUCCAAUUCUUUUUUCUUUAAGAUGUAUAUACUUUUAAACAGUGGACAUAUAUUUAAAAAAUAUAUUGUAAAUAAUUUUAUUCGGUGCACUUUGAUGAAUAGUACAAUAUAUCAUCUUCUAUCAAGGCCUGCCACAAUGUCAGUUUCUUUGUAAUAACACAUUCCUUUAUUAAUUUGUUGAAUAGUUGAUGUCAUUGAUUUUGUUGUUGUUGUUGUUAUUCUGUUCAAAUGAUUGCUGUUAGUGUGGGAACAUGAUUUGUCAGGGCACUGCAGGUUUUCUUUGGGUUAUUCUGUGGUUGCGCCUGCCCCUUCUUAUUUUUUCCACUAUUGCAAAGUAGAAUUUUUCACUCAACUUGUCUUUCUUACCUUGUCUGUGGUGGGAAACUAUGAAAAAGUCUAACUAUUCACUUAACUAAAAUUUAAUUUCAAUUCCUUCAUUUUUUAAAUGUCUCUUAGAAUAAAAAAAUCACGAAAUGUUGUGAAAACGGGCUAAUUAUCUCAUGACAAAAGAGCCUACAAUUGCCAUGGUAUCCCACCACAGACAACAGUCCGUACAUUAACUUCCUCUUGAAGAAAAGAUUGCAAAAUGAAAAACUGCAUGUUUCCUUUGCAGAGCAGCAAAAAGCGGAAGAGUGUCUUAAUGUUUGUCACAGUUUUAUGAAACUCAAGCCAGCACUUUAAAGAGAGAAAGUUUAAUGUCAGCUUAUUUAGUAAUAUUUCCAAAUGCACGAGCCGUUAAGAAAUGUAUACUUUUAUCAUUACACAUAGAGUUUGGUCAUGACUAUGGAGAAACGCACCUCCACUCCCAGUACACGUCACUGUGUCUAUGAAAAGGAUACAUCAGCUCAGUGUGGCCUGUUUCACUGUCCUGUAGUAUUUUUUUCAUACUAUUUGUAAAAUGUAAAUAAACAUUUCAUAUGCACAAAAAUUGGCUAAUAAAGUAAGUUAAUACAUUUAA